AAGUGAUUUGGCUCCAGCUCAUCGAUCGCAUUGCUCGCUCGCCCCCUGUCUUUGAUUCGCUUCUGACGGCUCCAUGGCUGCUGAAGGUGAGACGACUCCGGGCACCGUGGACAUGAAGGUGACUGCCAAGAAGAGCAUCAACUUCUACAUGAACUCUGCCAAGGCUUUCUUCACUGGAGUUGUGGAUAAAGAAGGCAAGAACCGUGAGCCGGUGUGUGUCUUAAACAUCUCUGGCCUUGGCGAUGCAAUCAAUAUCGCUGCACAGGCGGCUGGUGCUGUUGUUAAGGAGGGUUUGGCCACCAUCCACAAGAUUGAGACCUCGUAUCCGGAAAUGAAGCUGAGCAACGGCUCUGAGAGAGGCUGUGCCAGAAUCAUGAUCACCCUCCACAAGAAGGUGUGAGUUACAGCCACCAUUGCUCUGCUUUACUUGUGAAUGUUCACAGACCCAGCUUGGCCAUGUUGAACAGAGUGAGA